AUGUCAUAAUUAACCGAAACAAAUACAAAUUUAGAUAUGAACAUAAGACUUAAUUUCAUUCAUUCAAAACUAAAAGAUAUUAAUUAGGAGAAUUAGAAUUAAGUAGUCUGUAUAAUAUUUAUAUUUAGCCUUAAAUAAUACAUGAAACAAAAACUUAACCGUCCUCAGAAACAGAGGUAAUAAAAGACUAAGGUUCUACAACCAUUAAUAUAGAAGAGAUGCAAUAAAACUUGGUGUUCUCUAAGAAUGAAUCAAAUUAGAUUGAAGAAUUAUCUUCAAAGUUAAAUUAAUAUAUUGAUUAAUAUUUACAAGAAUUAAAAGAAUCUAGUUAAUUCCUAGAUUAAAUUUCAUCAUAAUAAUCAGAAAGUAUUGAUGAAGGAGAUGUACCAGAAAAUCUCUGCCAAAAAAUUUAUUAAGUAUAUAUAAUAUAUAUAAAUAAUAGAAAUUUAUAUCUUAAAUAAGUUUACCAAUCAUUUAAUCAUGUGAUUAAAUUUCAAAUCUAGAUGAAUAAUCUAAGUUAUGCACAUCUUUGUCAAUCUCAACUCCUGUUGAUAAUCAAGAUGUACAAAUUCUUACUCAUCAAAAUGAACCUAAAACAUCAAAUUGUGACAAAAUUCAUUUUACUUGA